AAUCUGCAAGCACUCAACACCGGCACAGAACUCUGUUAGCAGGGAAGACUGAGGUAGUUGGAGAGAGAGAGAGAGGUUUGGAGAGGUAUUGUGCAGAUGAAGAGAGAAAAGUUUGGAUGAGAAGAAAAAAAACAAGAAACAAAUAGUAAAAAAGUUGAAGAGGAGAAAGAGAAAAAAGAAGAAGAAAAAGCGAGGAUUUGAAAAGUAAAGCUGUGGAGAGGGAACUAACAAUGGGCUCCCCAGUGCGCUGCGCUGCUGCUGUAGUUGUCUCACUACUGGGUCUCCUCUACUAUAGUCCCCCUGUAUGGGGCCAGGAGCUACAGGAGAGGGACGCUCUGUGCAACGAGGACGGCUGCUUCGUGGUCUACUUCCAGCGCAAGACCUUCCUGGACUCCUGGAGGAGCUGCAAGGAGAAGGGAGGCAACCUGGCCACAGUCAAACUCCAAGAGGGGGCUGACACUAUCGCUGCUCUCUUCUCCAGCGUGGAGCUACGGGGCCUCAGAACCAAGGUCCGGGUGUGGAUUGGUCUCCAGAGACAGCCUCGCCAGUGUACCGCCUCUCGCCCUCUCCGUGGGUUCUCCUGGAUUACGGGUGACCAGGAUACCCAGUACACCAACUGGCUGAGGGACGACUCACCCAGUACCUGUUCGGCCCCGCGCUGUGUGGUUAUGACCUAUGGCACAGCCGCCCACGAGCAGCAUGAUAAUUUUAAAUGGCUGGACGGCUCGUGUUCGGUGCCCGUGGAUGGCUACUUGUGCCACUACACCUACAAGGGCAUGUGCCCUGCUAUUUGGAGCGAGGGGGGCAGCAAUGCCCUCUAUAGUACCCCCUUCAGUCUCCUCAGUAGCCUUCUUACCCACGUGCCCUUUGGAUCUGUAGCCACGGUGCCCUGCCCGGGGGGCACCGAGGAGCAGUCAGUGCUGUGUGUGCUGAGGGAGGAUGGCACUGUGGGGUGGUCCAGGGAGACGCCCCUCUGCUCCGACACCACAGAGAAGAGCUGGUGUGAUCGGGACAAUGGAGGCUGCGAGCAUUUCUGCCAGGAGGCCAGGGAACACUACUACUGUGAGUGCUCGGACGGCUUUCAGCUCGGUGACGACGGGCAGACAUGUGUUGCUGUCGACCCGUGCCACAGUGCCCCCUGUGAGUUCGAAUGCCUUCCGCUGUCGGACGGCUACCGCUGUGCCUGCCCCGAAGGAUACAUGCUGGACCCGGAUGAGCGUGGUUGCCUGGAUGUAGAUGAGUGCCUGCAGAGUCCCUGCGAGCAGCUGUGCGUCAACGCACAGGGAACCUUUGAGUGCCGCUGCCGCCAGGGCUACCGGCAUGACCAGGAGGGCGACUGUGAGGAUGUGGACGAGUGCAUGGAUGACCCCUGUGAGCACGCCUGCGAGAACACGCCUGGCUCCCACAUCUGCCACUGCCACCUGGGCUUCUCCCCCCUGCCCGAGGACCCCUCCCACUGCCAGGACACCGACGAGUGUCAGAUCCCUGGGACAUGUCAGCAGAUGUGUGUGAACUACGAGGGGGGCUUCGAGUGUUACUGCGAGGUGGGCUACGAGCUACUCUCUGACCAAUUCUCCUGCAGGAAGAUAGGAGAGGACUCACCCACCGCAGUCACGCCCUCGUACCCCUGGGUCACCGGCCAACCUGGUUCCAAGUGGGACCCCCAGCAGACUUACACCGACUGGCCCCUGGAGGAGGAAGAGUCCCUGGACUGGCUCACAGACCCUCCCAGGCUGGAAAGUGACAUCAUCUGGGUCACCAGCGCACCCCAGGAGGAGCCAGUCCUAAACCACAACCCAUUCCUGCCCUCCCCCACGGAAGAGCCCGAGGAGGAGGAAGAGGAGGAGGAGGAGGAGGAGGAAGAAGAGGAGGAGUAUACACCUGGCUGGGACAUCAUGAAUUGGAAUGUCCCUGCCAAGGUCCAGCCAGAGUUGGAACCCAUGCCCAGUCUCUCUCCCAGCCCCACAUCCGACACAAUCCCCACCCCAACACCCACAUAUGACAGGUAUUGGUUUGAGGAGGAUGAAGAGACCACUACCAGUCCCUCAGUCCUCCCCACCUCCACUAUCUCAGGAGGGGCCUGGAACUGGUUCUGGAUCAGUUCCACCCCCACCAGCCAGGACCAAGGACUUACAACGUGGCAGGAGCCAAUCACUGACCAGUAUGUCCCCGCAUCCAACUAUGAUGAAGCUGAUGAGAAUGAGGAAGUGGGGGUAAUUGACGAUGGGUGGGUGACAUCCUCCCCAGAGAUGAACCAGGACCCAGGCCAGCACACCCCCUCCCUGCCUUCUCCCCUGGCUCCUCAAACCCCCCUCACACCCAACCAGGGAGUGGUGGAGGUGGAGAGGGAGGAUGAGAGGGAGCCGCCCCAGGAGGAUGUGUUGGAGGUGGAGGGGGAGGAUGAGAGGGGGCCGCCCCAGGAGGAUGUGGUGGAGGUGGUGGAUGAGAGGGGGCCGCCCCAGGAGGAUGUGGUGGAGGUGGUGGAUGAGAGGGGGCCGCCCCAGGAGGACGUGGUGGAGGGGGAGGAUGAGAGGGAGCCGCCCCAGGAGGACUUGGUGGAGGGGGAUGAUGAGAGGGAGCCGCCCCAGGAGGAUGUGGUGGAGGGGGAGGAUGAGAGGGGGCCGCCCCAGGAGGACUUGGUGGAGGGGGAGGAUGAGAGGGGGCUGCCCCAGGAGGACGUGGUGGAGGGGGAGAGAAAGGAUGAGAGGGGGCCGCCUCAGGAGGACGUGGGGGAGAUGGAGGGGGAGGAUGAGGAUGAGAGGGGGCCGCUCCAGGAGGAUGUGGUGGAGGUGGAGGGGGAGGAUGAGAGGGGGCCGCCCCAGGAGGACUUGGUGGAGGUGGAGGGGGAGGAUGAGAGGGGGCCGCUCCAGGAGGACGUGGUGGGGGUGGAGGAUGAGAGGGAGCCGCCCCAGGAGGACGUGGAGGAUGAGAGGGAGCCUCCCCAGGAGGAUGAGGGGGAGCCUCCCCAGGAGGAUGAGAGUAUCCAGAAGCAGGAUGGUGCCAACUGGCUGCUGGUAGGCCUCCUGGUGCCCCUUUGUAUCUUCAUCGUGGUGAUGGUGGCACUGGGCAUCGUCUACUGUACCCGUUGCGCUGUCACGCCACGCAAUAAGUCCGCCACCGACUGCUACCAUUGGAUCUCCGGGGCGCACGACAAGCAGGGCGCGCUCAAUCCCAGCAAGGGGAUGCAGUCACAUGUUUAAACAGACAAAAUGAGGAAAGACUUGUAGAUAAAUAAACUGUUUUUAUAAAUAAGAGGAGAGGAUAUGAAGAAGGCAAGAGAGGACUUGGGUGGUUGCUUUAUUGAUUGCGACUCUGUGAAACACUUGGAUGUUUCUGUGGAAUAUCGGUUGAAAGAGAAAAGAGAAGAUACAGGAAGCAAUACAACAACAAAAAACACUAAUCCUUUUCUUGGGAUGAUUUGACAUUAUUGUUGCUUACGCAGAUCUCACAGGACAAGGUAUAUGAUCCCUAUACGAUUGCACUAUAGGGUCAUAAUAGAAACAAUCUAUUGGGAUUGUGGUUGAAUACGUCAUCUGGUUAUAGUUACAGAUGCUGUGGGUAUACACUGUUAAUGUAUUACCAGUGCCAUCUGAAAACCAAAGCCAAAGAACUAUACUGUAGCCUAUAGCAUUUUUUUUGUUGCCGAUGAAAUCUGGGUGUCUGCUUUCAAACAAAUGCUCAGGUUUUGAGCUCAUUCCCCAAAGUGUGGUGUCACAAAUUACUAUUUUUUGUCCACUUUGUCAAAGAAGCAGGUUCUUAUUUACCUCAGAAGUUGGUGAAUGAAGGCGGUUGUGAUUCACGCCCCUUUGCAGGACAGCAGACAUUUCAGCAGUUGAACCAAACUAUACAAGCAUGACUGUCAUGACGCUGUUGACUGUCACGACGCUGUUGACUGUCACGACGCUGUUGACUGUCACGACGCUGUUGACUGUCACGACGCUGUUGACUGUCACGACGCUAUUGACUGUCACGACGCUAUUGACUGUCACGACGCUAUUGACUGUCACGACGCUGUUGACUGUCAUGACGCUGUUGACUGUCAUGACGCUGUUGACUGUCACGACGCUGUUGACUGUCAUGACGCUGUUGACUGUCACGACGCUGUUGAGAAGAAGCAGUCACACGGAUAUUACUUUUACGCCUCUGCUUUUUUAAGUACCGGAACAAAUCAAUUCACACCACAGACCAAAUUAGUUUUAUACAGUACGCGUGUAUAUAUGUGCUUGAUUGAUUGUUUUUGUGUAUGUAUAGUUUGUAGCAAUGACUUUUCCAGACAAUGUGUUAGUGUCAUGAUUCCUGAUUCAACGAAGUGACUUUUGUUUCAUAUUGACCACAGAACUCUUAAUAAUUCCAUGGAAUGUCUGUCUGUCUAAGGGGAUGGUUCCUUCCAUUCAACUCCAAUUAAACUAACUAUCUCACCCAUGCUCCUCGUGAAGGUUUGAGUGCAGAUGUAAGAUGUGUUUGUAUUACAGACUACAAGGACUGUAAUGGGGGGUCACAGGCUCCCGAUUGACUUUACCAUUGGCCUUUUCAACUCGUGAUCUUUCAAUCGCUCCCCAGUCCCAUGUCACAUACUGUAAGUGUUCAGCACGCCCCACUCCCUCUUGUCACAGGCCUGACCUGAGCUUUCUAUGAACUUCCUUAAUAGCCAUGAUGGGACAAUACCAACAUUUACAGUUUGAAGUCAAUGCACCCUCUAGCAAGUUUGACAGUAACUGCAGUCCCCAUUCAAAAGAUGGCUUGCACUUGUAAAUGACAGACUAUCAGAAAUGACAGACAAUGAAAUCAAUCUAAGAUGUGCCUUCUGAUCUAAGGACUGUGAAAUGUUUUUUUAAAUGUUUUUGUUACCCGUUAGGUUUUAAGUAAUUGUUAAUUAAAAUUAUAUGAUAAGGGUUCUAUCGAUA